UAAAACCGUCGGUUGUCUGUCGAGGCUCAUCACCGUCUCUCACCAAGCGGACGCCGGGUUCUACCAAACCUGGCCCUGGGUCUUGAGUUCUAGGUUUUGAGCGGCAGCGGAUGAUGGGUUUGGGCCGGCCGGAACUACGGUAGCCGAAAAUGCUGACCUGGACCGGUCGAGUCUGAGCUCGAGAGUCGAACUCUCACUGUCAGUGUUGUAGUUUCACUCUUUCAACAUUCUGGAGCUUGAAGUUUCACUCUCUCAGAAGAUUCUCAAGAAAGCAUAGUACGAGUUUGAAGGAAGAGCUGGGUCCUCGCGGAUAUCGUCGCCAACAACAAAGCGCCAAGGAAGAGGAGACACAAGAAUCAGGGCAACAAUGGGGCUCGAGGAGGAUUUCUUGGCUGCUGUGGAGAAGGUCAACAACUUCAAGAAGAAACCAAGCGAUGAUGACCUUCUCAUCGUGUACGGGCUGUACAAGCAGGCAACCGUUGGGGACGUGAACACCUCAAGACCAGGACUCUUUGACCCCAAAGGCAAGGCAAAGUGGGAUGCUUGGAAGAAAAACGAAGGCAAGUCCAAGGACUUGGCGAAGCAGGAGUACAUCACAAAGGCGACACAGCUUGCUGAGGAUUGCAGUACUGCGUAGGCUGCAGCUCCACGAGUUGCGUACAUUGAACACUUGUACAUUGUUAGCUUCUGGUCUGUUGCAAGCCACUCGUACCUGAACGUCAAUCGCACAAAGAGCUACGCUUCCUUUUGGCCAGGUUGACUGUCGUCUUGCAUGAGCCUCGACACAUUUGUUAGUCACGAGCGCCAUUAUUGAGGGCUGUUCCUGCUGUAGGAUUCCGUGCAGCUUGUGCUUUACGACGUGAAAAUCCGACUUGCAUCUUCUAGAUGAUCUUUGCCAUUUGUGCAGCAAAUAUAACCUUGCGGCCACGGCCAUGAACAGUCUGUACCGUUAGAAAUGAGUUUCGGACUACUAACUAACCGGACGUACAUAUGUCAAGCAUGGGCCCAUGCAGUGCAGCA